AUGUCUGACUCCCCCGCUGCCUCCCCCAACCCCGCCGGUGCCUCCCCCCGUGGAGCUGUCAGGAGACGUACCACCGCCGCAAAGGAAAAGACUUCCCGCGCCCCUGGACCUAGCACCGCAGGCAUGAUGCGCAUCUACACCGACGACUCUCCCGGCCUCCGCGUUGACCCUGUUGUCGUCUUGGUCUUGUCGUUGGCUUUCAUCGCCUCUGUCUUUGCCCUCCACAUCUACGGAAAGUUGACCAAGGCCUAA